AUGAUUGAAGAUGAGCUUUACAACAAUAAGGAUAACUUUUCAGAGCCUAAACCGACAAUGUACAAUCAAAUAGAUUUCAAGCCAGUGAGGUCUCCAUUCUCAAAUAAUUACAGCAGCAACUAUGUUCAUACUUCCGUGGUACCUCAUAAAUUUGUUAGCAAUGUAGAAAAUCCAGUUGAAGGCUACCCUAAAUUGCAAAAGCUUUUCAAAUUGAAAGAACAACAGAUUGCUAAAAUUAGUUCGAAGGCCUACGGAUAUAGAGUCGAUAUUGAAAAGAUGAUACCUACAUUGAAUGAUUGGAUCAAUAAGGAGGCAUUGGUAUUUGAUGUCAUAAUGCUUGGUUGUCUGACGGAUAAUCAAUUCAUUUAUCCGCUACUAACGCAAUUACCAUUGGACAAAUUAAUUUCAAAACCUGGCUUUUUAUUUAUAUGGGGAAGCGCACGCAAAAUACAGGAAUUAGCAAAUCUACUGAACAAUGAGAAGUGGGAAAAAAAAUUUAGAAGAAGUGAAGAAUUGGUGUUUGUACCAAUAGACAAAAAUUCGCCAUUUUUUCCAGGGAUUGAACAAGAAGACACAACACUAAUCGAAAGAAUGCAAUGGCAUUGUUGGAUGUGUAUAACAGGUACCGUUAGAAGAUCAACUGAUGGGCAUUUGAUUCAUUGUAAUAUAGAUACAGACAUGACUAUUGAAACUCAAGAUACAAAAAAUAAUGCAGUUCCAGAUCAUUUGUAUAGAGUCGUUGAGAAUUUUUCCUCAUCGACGCGUAGACUUCAUAUUAUUCCUGCCAGAACAGGCUCCAAUAUACCAGUUAGAACUAGGCCAGGAUGGGUUAUUAUGUCACCAGAUAUAUUGCUGAACAAUUUCAAUGCAACUACAUACAAACACGAUAUCGAGCAGAUUGGUACUAAUAUACCAACGACAGAAGAAAUUGAGAAUUUGAGACCAAAAAGCCCCAUCACCAGAAAUGCCGAGUAA